AUGAAGCGAGGAAUCGUACAGAGCGUCCCAAGCGUGCUGCACCCUACAAGGCUUCUUACGCUCAACGUCCCCCAAAGUAUUCCUUUUGUAUGCGCCGCCUGUCGACAAGCAGCAGCUGGACGCCGAAGGGCACCCGAUCCAAUAAAGCUGAGACGCUCAUUUGCGUCAAGUAUACAUAGAGGGGAAGACACGAAUCCACAGCAUCCCCAGCGGGAGACUGUAACACCACAAACCCACUACGACUUCUUCCCGCAGACGUUUCCGUCCGGCCCGCCACCCAGGACACCAUUUACGCCUGAUCUGAAGCAGCUUCGGAAGGAAUUUUUACAAUUACAAAGCAAGGCGCACCCGGACCUGGCACCAGCAGAACAAAAGCGGCAAGCUGAAGCACUAAGCAGCCGGAUCAACGAGGCAUACAAAACAUUGCAGGACCCAUUGAAGCGCGCACAGUACCUACUGGCCCUUCAAGGUAUAGACGUAGAGGACGAGUCGGCAAAGUUGUCGGAGAAUGCGUUGCUGAUGGAGGUCAUGGAGGCGCGAGAAGCAGUCGAUGAGGUGGAGAGCGAAGAGGAGCUUGUAAGCUUGCGGCAAGAGAACGAUGUCAGGAUUGCCGAAAGCGUCGAGAGACUUGACAACCUGUUUGGCAGUGGAGAUCUGGACAACGCAGCGCAAGAAGCAAUACGCUUACGGUAUUGGAAGAACAUUGAGGAAAGUAUCCAUGGAUGGGAGAAGGGCAGAGGAGGUGGUUUGCUACAUCACUGA